UUAAGUUAGUUUAUAUAUAAAAAACAAACGAAGCUGAAUUAGUCGCGUUUGCGCUGAAUUGGCAUCGGCAACCCGAAGCAGAUCGAAAAACGAGUACGAGGGACUCUUAUUCCAAAUAGUAAUUUCAAAAUGGCGUCAGUGAUUUUUGGUGGUAUUUAGUGUCUGUUUAGCGAAGUUUCCGCGGUAUUUGUGCAGCUGAAAAGUUAAAAAAUUCUGAAAGAUAAUAAAUCUUAUGUGAUACGCGCUGUUGUUGAAGGAUAUAUAUAUUUCUAGCAGUUGUGCCUUUUAAUUUUCAUCUAGUGAUAAUUCACGUAAAAAUGGCGCAUGUAACUAAGGAAGCGAUGUAACUUUCUUUUUUUACAACUUUUCGAUUUUGUGGAGUGCAGUAUAUGCUUAUCUAGAAAACAAGUCGUACAGCGCGUUGUGAAUGUUAUAACUUGCACUCCUUAUUGCAGUGUGACAAGUGGCAAGUGGUACAGUCCGAGGUAGAACACGGCAUACAUCGUUUUUUAUUGCCAGCGUGGGAACAUACGGGAAAAACUUCAUAUAUACCUUUUUAAUUACCGAAAAAUUGAAAAAACUUCACAAAACGUGAGUGUAGCAAUUGCUUAUAGAGUGAAAAAGGCGGGUAAAGGAAAACAUUAUCGUUAAAAUGUGUGCAGCACAUAGUAAUCCGCAACAGGGCUUCGGCUACACCUGGGGCUUCGCAGACAAUACACGGACGGAGUCUGUAUUAGAAAUUCCGGCAAAUAUAAAUUACACAGUCAGCAGCGAAUCC